AUGAACAAAUCGACCGCGAGGUUACUUUUCCUCUUAUUGACUGGAUGUUUCUUGCAUAAAGUGAAAGGCCAACAGUGUAGUGUGACUGGUACUAACGGAAUAGCUGCCUGCCAGUGCAACUUUAUGGAGGCCUGUGAUGCACAGGGAAACCCGAAUCCCAACUUAGCACAAUACUUGCCAACAGGUGUGGAUCAGCUCGGGCUUGUCGAGCAAGGACAACGAAACCUAGCGUAUUUGUGUGAAGGUGGUGAUGCAGUAGGCAUUCUGUAUGACUGCAAUAACCGAGUUCCUCUGUAUGCGGCCACCGUGAUCAAUGGGGCCCAGUUGACUGGAAAGAGCCUCGGGGGUCGACCAAAAAUUGAAUUUUCACAAAGCAGCUUACUCGAUCCACGUUUUCAACAACAAAAUAACGAUUACGUAGAUGCUUUAAAGCGAAAACUUUGCUACACAACACAAAUAAGGAGUAAGGACUUAGUUGACGAGGACUGGUUAGGAGCAAGUGGACGCAGAAAACGUUUCAGGACUCCACUCUGUCCUGGAGGGUCAGUAGUCGAAACAUCAGUUCACCGCGGACACUUGAUUGCCUCACAAUAUGGCCGCAACAAUCAAGCAAAGAAAAGAGCAACUUUCACAUACACCAAUGCUGUCCCCCAGUUUGGAGUGUUUAAUUCGCACCCUUGGAGAGUCUGCGAGAGCCGACUCAUUCCAUGGGGAAAUCAAAACUGUGCUCAGGUGAAAGGUGCAACAAAUAUUCGGUUAUUCAUCGUGGUUGGUGCUGUCCCAUCGACAGUACAUGGAUCCCCGAAACGGCCGAGAUAUUUUGGCAAAAAGGGGUUCAGCGACUACAAAGACACUAUCGACGAUUACCGAGUGAACGUGCCUAGAGACAUGUGGACUGCUGCCUGCUGUACUUAUAGCGACAAAGGAACAUUGAAAUAUCGCAGCACGGCCUUCUGGAGAGAAAACAAUCCGGGAAACGCGCCAUGUAAUAGAGCAGACGUAGGUUACUUAACGAGAUGGUUGUCCCGAUGGAUUGCUGGUGGCACCGUGAGUUUCAAUAUAUUUCCGCAAACAUCUCAGUGCAACAAUAUUGGAAAUUAUAUCCCUCUGCCGUGA